CAGUCUUCAAACCGAAGCCAAAAACCCGAUCAAAAACAUAUUCGCAAAACACUCCAAACAAACAAAAAAAAACCCUUUUUAACAGGAAAGUAUUUUCCAAAAAUUUGGACAUAAGAAAGAUGACCAUGUCGUCGGAGAACCAAAGAAAUCUAGAAGCUGGGUUGUUACUGAACAAGAACCGAAACGACAUCAACGAGUGUCGUAUCACUGCCGUUGUGCUCUUCAGUACUUUCGUCUCUGUUUGUGGCUCUUUCUGCUUCGGUUGUGCGGCAGGCUAUUCAUCAGUUGCUCAAUCAGGGAUCGUAACAGAUUUAGGCCUCUCUGUUGCACAAUACUCGAUGUUUGGAUCAAUCAUGACUUUCGGAGGGAUGAUUGGUGCCAUCUUCAGCGGGAAAGUCGCAGAUCUCAUUGGUCGAAAAGGGACAAUGUGGUUUGCUCAAAUUUUCUGCAUUGCCGGUUGGCUUGCAAUAGCAUUAGCUAAAGACACGAUAUGGUUGAAUGCUGGAAGACUAUCCACUGGAUUUGCUGUUGGUUUAUUCAGCUACGUGAUACCAGUUUAUAUCGCAGAAAUAACACCAAAACAUGUUCGAGGAGCAUUUGUAUUUGCUAAUCAGCUGAUGCAGAGUUGUGGGUUGUCUUUAUACUACGUUAUUGGAAAUUUUGUUCAUUGGCGUAAUUUGGCUUUAAUCGGUCUCAUUCCAUGUGCUUUGCAAGUUGUGACUUUGUUCUUCAUUCCAGAGUCCCCUAGAUUGCUGGGAAAAUGGGGACGCGAAAAAGAAUGUAGAGCUUCAUUACAGCUUCUACGUGGAGAUGAAGCUGAUGUCUCUGAGGAAGCCGACACUAUCAAAGAAACCAUGGUGUUGUUUGAUCAAGGACCAAAAUCCAGAGUUAUGGAUUUGUUUCAGAGAAGAUAUGCUCCAUCUCUUGUUAUUGGUGUUGGGCUAAUGCUUCUUCAACAGCUCUCUGGAAGCUCAGGGAUUAUGUUCUAUGUCGGUAGUGUAUUUGAUAAAGGAGGAUUUCCAAGCAACAUUGGCUCAAUGAUUCUUGCAGUAAUCAUGAUACCAAAAGCUCUAUUGGGUCUGAUUUUGGUUGAGAAAAUGGGAAGAAGGCCGCUCCUUUUGGCUUCUACUGGUGGGAUGAGCUUUUUCAGCUUGCUCCUUGCUUUUUCCUUCAGCUCUCGGUCAUAUGGCAUGCUCGAUGAGCUCACUCCGAUUUUUACAUGUAUCGGUGUAGUGGGUUUCAUCUCUGCAUUUGCCAUAGGCAUGGGAGGUUUACCAUGGAUCAUCAUGUCUGAGAUUUUCCCAAUGAAUGUUAAAGUUUCAGCUGGGACUCUGGUUACCUUAGCCAACUGGUCCUUUAGUUGGAUUGUAGCAUUCGCCUACAACUUCAUGAUAGAAUGGAACGCAUCUGGAACGUUCUUGAUCUUCUUCAGUAUAUGCGCUGCGGGUUUAAUCUUUAUUUAUGCGAUGGUACCCGAAACUAAAGGAAGAACUCUUGAAGAUAUACAAGCUUCUCUUACAGAUUUUCUACAGUGAGACUGGGAAACUACAUGUUAAUAGUUAUUCUUUUCUUUUUUUGGAUUUAAGUGGAGGAGGAUAUAGUUUUUUUUGUUGUUAUAAUUGUUUCCUCAUUUUAUACAGUAGAGAGAAGGGAUCACUUUUAGGAAAAAAAUGUUUAGACCUCUCUAUCUCUCUCUCUUUGUCUGUUACUCAGCUACUCCCACUUAUGUAUAGUAUAGUGCCACUUUACGCAAAAAAA